AUGAGAUCACGCUCGUUCCGGCCCAUCCAAUUUUGUCGUCGUCAAGGUCGGAUUUAAAUGCACUAGGAAGAUGCAAGCGGUUAGGGUUUCUUCACGCCUUUGCGCCCAAAGCACUCGGCGACAGCCGAAGAGGAAGAACCGAACCCAAAACAAAAGAGAGAGUCUCAACCGAUACAGAAGACGUCGUCGAAUUUGGGGGACUGCCGACGGGCCUACCAUUUUUAAUCUUGCCUUGCCAUCAUCGACUCGCUCGAUCACACGUCGCGGAUUAAGCACAGCCGUCUCGCAUCCACAACGCAUCUUCCACUCCUCGCAUCGCCAUGAACAGCUCCAUCUUGAUGAGGACAAGCCUGUAAUUGUUAUUGUAUACAUUCAAGGAGGAGACAGAAUAUUCCGACGAGAAUAUCCAUUGUGCUACCUGUCUCCCUCCAAUCUACAUAUAUAUAUGAGCAGAUUACCCCAUGCUCGAACCAGCUCAGGUGUGGCUUGUAGCAGCGUGAGAAGCAGGACGGCGAGGAGAGAGGAUGACCUGCGAGAACUACGAUCCUUGCUUCCCUGACCAGCCCGUGGUGGAUCGUUACCUUGCGAUAUGGGCCAUCCAACCUAGUUUUCGGGACAAGCCCGCCUUCAUAUGGACCCAGGAUGCUCCCAGUGGCUUGACAUGGACCUCCAUCACCUACUCCGAGCUCGACAAUGCAGCCGAAGCCAUGGCUUCGCAGCUCCUCUGCACCCUUAACAGAGGAGACUCCCUUCUCUUACUCUGCUCUCCCGGCCUCCGACUCGUCAAACUCCUCUUCUCCUGCCAACGAGCGGGCAUCGUCGCCGUUCCCGUAAUCCCGCCCGACCCUUCGGCCUUCUCCCCAGCUUGCCGCGGCCCGGCCCACCACCACCUUCUCCGCGUCGUCUCUCAGGUCAAACCCAAUGCUGUCGUCGCCGAUCGACACUAUAUCGCUGCGGUGACUGGUUCUGUAUCGUCCAGUGAUGAUCGACUGGGCCACCUGCUGCAGAAGCUACGGUGGCUUUCCGUGGAACACUUGGACGAUGAGUGCCCUCGUGCCGCUGCUUCAAGCUUAAGCCCCUCUCCGUACUUGGGUUGUGGACCGGGUGACACCUACCUCGUCCAGUACACCUCCGGCACGACUGGGAUACCCAAGCCGGUGCUCGUCACGGCCGGCGCAGCAGCGCACAACGUGCGGGCGGCGAGGAAGGCCUACGAUCUCCAGCCCAGCAGCGUCGUCGUGUCCUGGCUGCCCCAGUACCAUGAUUGCGGCCUCAUGUUCCUUCUGCUUACCGUCGUCGCUGGGGCCACUUGCGUGCUUGCCUCCCCGAGUGCCUUCUUGCACCGCCCUCGCCUUUGGCUCGAGCUCGUCACGGAGUUCCACGCGACUUGCACCCCCGUGCCCGCCUUUGCGCUGCCUCUGGUGGUGCAGAGAGGCGGGAUCAACCACGGGAAGCUGCCUCUCAAGCUGGGAAGCUUGAGGAACCUGAUUCUGAUCAACGAGCCCGUAUACAAGUCUUAUGUGGAUGAGUUCGUCAAAGAAUUCGCAGCUGCUGGAAUCGAUCCUUCGUCCGUCGCUCCUUCUUACGGACUGGCGGAGAACUGCACGUUCGUCUCCACUGCAUGGCCAAGCGAUGAAGGAUGCCGCAGUCGUUACCCCAACAUGCCAUCCUACAACAGGUUACUGCCCUCUGCCAGGCUGGGUUCCCUGUCCUCGUCUGCCAGCGAAGGAGCAGAUAUCGAUAUCGUCGUCGUCGAUGAAGAGACCUGCGAACCUGUAGAUGACGGUGUGGAAGGAGAGAUAUGGGUGUCUUCUGCAAGCAACGCAUCCGGCUACCUCGGCCACCCAUCCCUGACCAGGGAAGUGUUCCAUGGCAGGCUACGCGGUGAAACCGGCAGGUGCUUCGUCAGGACCGGCGAUCAAGGAGUCAUCGGAGGAGAGGAGAGGUAUCUCUAUGUCACCGGCCGGGAUUCUGACGUGAUCAGGACGCACGACGAAAGAAACCAGUGCGUGCACGCGCACUACAUCGAGAGUGCAGCAUAUAGCAGCAGCUCAAAGCAACUCAGGGGCGGUUGUGUUGUCGCAUUCGAUGCGGAACAACUGGUGGUGAUGGCAGAACUACAGAAGAAGAAAGAGGAGGAAAGGGGAGUUGACGUCUACAGGGAGAUAUGCGAGAAGAUAAGAGAGGGUGUGAGGAAAGAAGAGGGAGGCCGAGUUGGGUGGGUGGCGCUUGUGGAGAGAGGGAGCAUACCGAAGACAACGUCCGGGAAGCCCAGGAGAUGGCUGGCGAAGCAGAAGCUGUUGGAAGGCAGCCUCCGCCCGGUGUACGAGGCCAGGUUUGUGGCGGGGCGCCACGAAGCAUCUGCAAGAGAUGGAGGGGAGGGGGGAGUCAGACAAGGAAACGUAGCUUCGUUGAUGCCAUACCGACGUCGAAUCCGCAGGUUAUUUCUGCUUUCCUUCCUUUGA